AUGGACUGCACCUUCCCCCUCGGCUCUGCCACACAACACUUGCUGCAGCCAGAUCAGUGGAAGUUUUCUCACAAUGUAAGGUCCCUGUACCACCACAGUGAGCGCAGCCUGAGCCCAGCUGGCCAGGGAUGCCAGCACAGCCGCCUGGAGCCACUGGAGUGCCGGGAUCUGCUGGUCCAGAAUGCACUCUUCACUGGAGACCUGGACAUGGUGCAGAAGUACUUCACCAAGAGCGCAGCCAUCAAUCUCAUCAUUGAGACCAGGGGCGAUGAGCUGCGCUGGACUAGCAGGAAACGUGGACUGUGGUCUCUGAGCUACGAGCAGGAGCUCACCACACCGCUGCACAUCACGGCCAGCCGGGGCUACACUGACUGCCUACGGCUCCUGCUGCUCCGGGGUGCUGCCGUCGACUUCGCUCCGGGGGGCAAAACUGCCCUGCACGAGGCUUGUGCAGCCGCCAGCACCGACUGCGUGCGCCUGCUGCUCAGCUCCGGAGCUGACCCCGAGGCUGUCUCUGAGGAUGGCUACAGACCCCUGCACCUCUGCAAGAGCCCAGACUCCAUCGAGUGUGUCCGGCAGCUGCUGCAGCACGGUGCCAGUACAAACAGUCGGACGGAGGAGGAGGAGGACACAGCACUGCAUGUGGCGGCACAGCACGGCCUGGCAGAGCACGUCCAGCUGCUUCUGCACCAUGGGGCAGAGCUGGAAGCAAAGAACAAGGAGGGGCAAACACCACUGAAUGCUGCCUGUGCUCAGCGCCAUCAGCCCCAGGACAUGGACCGCUACUACCGGGUGUGCCAGCUGCUUGUGGAGAGUGGUGCCAGCAUCAACGCUGAGGAUCGGGACCGGCAGCACCCACUUCACCUGGCCUGCAAGAAUGCCAAUGCUCAAAUCACAGAGUUACUGCUGGCCCGGGGUGCCAACGUCAAUGUUAUGAACUAUGGUGGCAACACAGCCCUGCAUAAUAUCCUUCAAGUAACUGCCUACAAGCUAGAGCAUCACCCGGAGCUCGUGGUGCAAGCCCUGCUCAACCAUGGAGCCGUCCGCAUCUGGCCAGGCUCCCUCCUCAAGGUGCUGCGGUACUGCCACACCUGCCCACGUGUCAUCGAGGCCCUGGUGAACAGCUACACCCACGUGCGUGUCUCUGAGGACUGGGUGGAAGCAGUUCCAGCAGAGGUUGUACAGAAAUACCCACGUUUCUACCAGUCGCUUUUCUCCCUGGAGCACAGACCUCGCUCCUUGCAGCACCUGGCUCGCUGCACCCUCAGGACCCUCCUGGAGGGUCGGCUGCUUCCAGUCCUGUCCCAGCUGCACCUGCCAAGUGCCCUGCACCGGUUCCUGCUGCUCGGCUUCGAGGACGUUCUCUACUAG